CUCUGGAUGCGGGGUGGAGUGAGUGAGUCAUUGCAUUGUAUUAGCAUUUGCCGCGUUCCAGGUGGGAUGGAAUGCCGUGGAAACUAUUCUGUGGAAUCGGACACUGGCUGUCUGGCUGUGUGUGAGUGUGUGUGUGAGAGUGUGAGUGUGUGUCAUUCAUUCAUUCAGUCAUUUGUUCAUUCAGUCUCUCCCUGGCAUUGUAAGUAAGGCUCUCAUUGUGUGAAGUCGUAUCUCCUCGUGGGUCCACUUGUUGUGGGAUUGAAGUCUACUCUCUUUCCUCGUAGCAAGCUAGCAAGCAAGCAAGCGAGAGUGAGUUUGUGUCGUGUGUGUCAAGUGGGCGAGAACAACAACAACAGAGAUUGUGGCGUUGCUGGGCUGUUAUUGAAUGGCUCUGUUUAUUUUUGGUGCUUCUGCUUCUUCGUGAUGGUGAGCUCGGAGGCUUUCAUGCGAAUGAGAAAGGACUGGCGAUGUCAAUUGUGAUCCGUGAUACGUGUGUCUGUGACAUCGAUGUGCACGUUGAUUCGCGCGCUGACUAUGUCUUUGUAAUCUCAACAAAUGGGUUAGGUUGAGGAAAUCGCGAGCGGAAGGGGUAUUAAUCACCAUCCGCUAUGGGAGCUGCACUUGCAUUUGUGUUAGGAUUCAUUGAUUCAAUCUGACACCUCCUGUACUCUGGCGCGGGGUUAUCAAAGUUACUGAUCAUGUACUUUCAGUUAUACCCUAGUUUGGUCCGCAACAACCAAGUUAGUCUGCAUCAACAAAAUUAGUCGGCAGCGACAAUGUAGAGGGAGCUGGAUCUCUUUAUUUUUUUUCGAGAUUCUUAUCCUUACGACAGUUCCCGCAGCUCUGGUGUUUUUCUAAGGGCUGAUUAGAUGCAGACUGAGGAACGUUUUCUCAAAAUGGGUGUUGAUUGCGACUCUUUUCCAAGUAGACUUGGUUUACCCUCUAAUCACCCGUUAGGCCAGCCCCGUAGUAGGUCAUCAUCUAAUCGGUUGGUGCUGGAGCGACGUCAAGAAACCCAAUCCCUCCGGAACCAAGCGAUCUUGAAGGCUUCAGAGAAGGCCUUGAGGGAGCGAAAUCCCGAGUGUUAUGAGCCCAGGCAAUCCUCAAAUCCGAAGUCGUUACUAUCCCUUCACACCACGUCACUCUCGGACUUUCCGUCACCACCUUUGCCAGUUGCAAAAUCCAAGCAUUUAUCAAGGUCUGCCACCUUCUCAUCCCUUGAGUCGAAGACUGAGAGAAACCUCCAUUCGGAUUAUCUCUCUGACCGAUCUUCUUUUGUCAAGCUUCCGUUGUCUGGUUCAGGGUCUGAUACAGGGUCCAACACCUUGAAGCCUUCAGAGAAAGAACCAAGUCUUCCAAGCUCAUCUCAACAGGCUACUAGAGCAGAUGGGCCAGAAAUGUCUGUUAAAUCCCUUUUUAGAUCCUCCUCGUUUACAUCUAAUCGGGUCCCCAUAGUGGACUCGAGUGAUUCUCAGCCUACUGAAGCUCCUUCAGUAGCUACUGCUUCGGAACCUAUGUCAUCCAUCAAAUCAUUUUUUAGGUCAUCUAGUUUUGUGCACAAGUCGCAAGAAAUUUCGAGCCCUAUUGCGAAGUCUCUCUCACGGUCGCUGUCGAGCCUCUCAAACCAUGGCCAAGAAUCUGCGAAGGAGCAGAAAGCGGAUUCAUCUUCUGGAUUUUCCAAAUGGGCACGGAGCUUUCGGUUCAAACCUACCGCAGAUGUAGGUGUUGAGAUCUCUGAGUCCUCGCCAUACAGUCUUUUCUCAGGGCCAUCUGGAAAGCGGGCAUCAGCCAAAGUGUCUCCAAUCGAGGGGUUUGAAAACUCGUUCGGUGUCCUAACUAAGGGAUUUAUCGAUUCCUCCAGAAACGCUGUUAAGGCUGUUCAAGACAAGGCACGGCAUCUCGUGUCCCAGAAUAAGCACUGGUACCAGGAUGGCCAGGUCCAGCUUGAUAUAGCGUACAUUACCGAAAAUAUAAUCGCUGUGGGAUUUCCGGGUGCCGAGAGCAGUUCCAACAUUCUUGGUUUCGCUGAGGGUAAUUACCAAGGCCAUUUAGAGGAGCUCGUCACGUUCUGCGAGAACCAGCAUCCGGGCAAGUACAAAAUCUUCAACUUGUGUUCAGAGAAGCUCUACGAUGCCUCAUUUCUUCAUGACAAGGUGGCGUAUUUUCCCAUUCGUGGCAAUAAUUGUCCUCUGAAGCUCUUGUCAGCAUUUUGUGAGGCUGCAUAUACAUGGCUCAAGGAAGGCCUUGAGAAUGUGGCAGUGGUCCACUGUAAGGGAGGGAUGGAGCGUACUGGGCUUAUGACAUCCUGUCUUCUCCUUCAUCUCAGAUUUUUCCCCAGUGCAGAAGAAUCAAUAAACCAUUACAACUUGAAACGAUGUGCGGGUAGUAGCUGUUUAGAACUUCCCAGCCAGCUUCGAUACGUGAAAUACUAUGAGCAGGUCUCCAAAAAAUACCAUGGAUGUACUCCAACUGGACGAAAGUGCACCUUGAGGAGUAUACGCCUCAACAACUGCCCAGCUUGGAUUCGUCCAAGCGUGACAGUUUCAGAUCAUAAUGGUGUGCUGUUUGCGAGUAGGAGACAUCCUAAUACAAGUCUUAUGCUGACCGAAGACUUAUGGUUGAGUGCCAUGAAAUCCGGAGUUUACGUACUUGAGCUGCCUGAAGACGGACAUGCUGCUGUGGUUGAUGGGGACUUCAAAGUUCACUUUCAGAACCGUCACGUUGAUUUUUCCUGCUGGUUGAACUCGAAUAUGGAAGGGAAUAUCAUUUUUCGAGUAGAAGACCUGGAUGGAUUUGAUAAGGAAGUACCCAACUUUGAAGUAGAACUGGAAUUGGAAGAUAUGGAUCUACCAGUUUUGAAAACUUCAACUACAUGGGACCGAGAUUCCACAAGCCUGAGAUCUUGUUUUCCUUCUGCUAUUGCAUCCAGUAAAACAUCUUCAUGCACUGACACAGCUACAGGUGAUCUGAAGUACUUCUUUUCAGAUAUUGAAGGAGAAGCAGAAGAAUGUCUAGGGGUUUCAACCCGACCAUAUACAGAUGAACAAGAUACUAUUGCCUCAACUAGCCACAUGACAUUGCAACUUGCACUGUCCAAUGCUGUGUCAGAUGUCAGCACAGGCAUUUUCAAUGCUGUGGACCGAUUAAGAAGUCACACAAGAUCCGCCAGCAUGCCUAGUAGCCCUCGGCUGUUUUCUGAUCAAUAUAACCGUGGCUUUGCACGAUCUGAUGAUAAUUCAAAAGUUGGCUGGUCGGCUGGAAGCUCUAGAUUGCAAAGCUUGAAUGAGGGGCUUCAGGAAAAAACCACGCAUGCUUAUGACAAAAGCGGAUCAGCAAAUAUAAACUCUUUUACUUCUGGAAGAGGAAUUGAUGACUUCACUGUGUGCGAUACAGAAUUUGUAGAAUUCCCUUUGGAUUUUGAGAACCCCAGUUCACCCGUAAGGGUUGAAGAUGAGGGUUCUUCAUUUCGGAUUGAAGAUGAUGUGAGUGUGAUGUCCAGUGACUCAUGUAGUGAUUUUCAAGCGUUGGCUGUUGCUAGUGCAGCAGAUACUUCUCUCUUCACUUUCGCUGAUGAAGAGGAUUACGAAAGCGACGAAAUGUAAUACCACGUGGUGUUCUUUGCUUAAUGGAGAUCCACUUGGUCAUGAAUGAAAAAGCCUUGUGACGGAGCCAUUAGCUGGUACAAGUCUGCUGUACAUGCUAAUUGAAUCAA